GCACGGGAAGCUGGGAGCGCCUUCCCGGAGCUCCGCAUCGGCCCCGCGCGGCGCUGCCCGCCCGCAGCGCAGGGCAGAGACAGAGACAGAGACAGAGACAGAGACAUGUCUGCGUGGCGCUCGCUGGCACGGCGGGCGGAAGCCUCGCGUAUUUAUGGAGCCAGCGCUUCCUCCUGCGUUUGAGUGACAGCCAGGAUCCCUUCGCUGCCUGGUCACUGGAGCUGAUUAGUAUGCGCCAGGGUCCGCCUCGCUCCGAGGGAUGCAGCCGCAGCCGCUCGCGGAGCUGUCACACUCACACGGGCGCCGUAUCUGCACUGGCUUGAAUUAAAAAGCCAGCCAGCCAGCGAGAGAGAGACCGGGAGAGACAGGGGGGACGAGACAGACAGAGAAGCUUGCAGACAGCGCUCGCUCUUUUCCUAAAGGAAGGAUUUUUACAUCCCAAGUGCUCACUGGUUGUGAUGAUGCUUCACUUAGCGGGCUCAGAAUGAGCUAGAGACAGCAGAUAGGGGAGAAAUUAAGGCAGAGCACAAAGCAUUACGAGCCAACCCAAAACCAGGAACAGUUUUCUCCUCUAUUCUAGCAUGGUGGAUGUAUGGACAGUCUUACAGAGCAGAGGUUGACUUCUCCAAAUCUGCCAGCCCCACACCUCGAACACUACAGUGUUCUGCAUUGCACCAUGACCUUGGAUGUUCAAACGGUGGUCGUUUUUGCAGUGAUUGUGGUGCUAUUGCUUGUGAAUGUCAUACUCAUGUUCUUCCUGGGCACUCGUUAAAUGGAUUUUUUCUCCUGAGCUGUUGGGGGCUACUACUACCACUAGCAAUUCAACAAGAGAGCACGAGCGGGAGAGAGAGAGAGAGAAAGACGAGAGAGACAGAAAGAGAGAGAGAGAUUUCUUACUGAGGGGGGAAACGCGUUGAGCUUCAACAUGGCCUCGCUGUGAUAUGAGCAGCUCCGUCUGUGACAUCCUGCGUUAGGAGCUUUUUGGGGUGACAGCAGUCCCAGUGGCUUGUGGUAGAUCCCCCGUGCUCGUAUUCAGUACACAGCCCAGCUGCUGUGUAUAAUGUCUGAAGGAAAAUUGCCAAAAAUCCAUCUGAUCAGUGGUGGUUCCAUUGUAAGUGCUGAGGCAGUAUGGGAUCACGUCACCAUGGCCAACCGGGAGUUGGCGUUUAAAGCAGGAGACGUUAUCAAGGUCCUGGAUGCUUCCAACAAGGACUGGUGGUGGGGUCAGAUCGAUGAUGAAGAAGGAUGGUUUCCAGCCAGCUUCGUGAGGCUGUGGGUAAACCAGGAGGAUGGGGUAGAGGAGGGGACCAGCGAUGUGCAGAACGGCCACUUGGAUCCCAGCGCCGACUGCCUGUGCCUGGGUAGGACCGUGCAGAACCGCGACCAGAUGAGAGCCAACGUCAUCAACGAGAUCAUGAGCACCGAGCGCCACUACAUCAAACACCUCAAGGACAUCUGCGAGGGUUACUUAAAGCAGUGCCGGAAGAGGAGGGACAUGUUCAGUGAUGAACAGCUAAAAAUCAUCUUUGGGAACAUCGAAGACAUCUACAGAUUUCAGAUGGGCUUUGUCCGGGACUUGGAGAAACAGUACAACAAUGAGGACCCCCAUCUCAGUGAGAUUGGACCAUGCUUCCUGGAACACCAAGAUGGAUUCUGGAUCUAUUCAGAGUACUGUAACAACCAUCUGGAUGCGUGCAUGGAGCUCUCCAAGCUGAUGAAGGACAGCAGGUACCAGCACUUCUUCGAGGCGUGUCGCCUGCUGCAGCAGAUGAUCGACAUUGCCAUCGACGGCUUCCUGCUCACGCCCGUGCAGAAGAUCUGCAAGUACCCCCUGCAGCUGGCAGAGCUGCUCAAGUACACGGCCCAGGAGCACAGUGACUACAGGUAUGUGGCCGCUGCCCUCGCCGUCAUGAGGAACGUGACUCUCCAGAUCAACGAGCGGAAGCGGAGGUUGGAGAACAUUGACAAGAUAGCUCAGUGGCAGGCCUCUGUCUUGGACUGGGAGGGAGACGAUAUCUUGGAUCGCAGCUCGGAGCUGAUCUACACGGGGGAAAUGUCCUGGAUUUACCAGCCUUAUGGACGGAACCAGCAGCGAGUUUUCUUUCUCUUUGAUCACCAGAUGGUUCUCUGCAAGAAGGAUCUGAUAAGAAGAGAUAUUCUGUAUUACAAAGGGCGCAUAGACAUGGAUAAAUAUGAAGUGGUGGAUAUAGACGAUGGGAGAGAUGAUGACUUCAAUGUCAGCAUGAAGAAUGCCUUCAAACUUCAUAACAAGGAGACUGAGGAAAUGCACUUAUUCUUUGCCAAGAAACUGGAGGAGAAGUUACGAUGGCUUAGAGCUUUCAGAGAAGAAAGGAAGAUGGUAAAAGAAGAUGAAAAGAUAGGCUUUGAAAUUUCUGAAAAUCAAAAGCGGCAAGCGGCAAUGACAGUAAAGAAAGUCAGUAAGCAAAAAGGUGUGAGCUACUCCAAGUCGGUUCCUCCAGCCUACCCACCACCCCAGGAUCCAUUAAAUCAGGGACAAUACAUGGUGACAGAUGGCAUAUCCCAGUCCCAGGUCUUCGAGUUCACCGAACCCAGACGCAGCCAGGCACCAUUCUGGCAAAACUUCAGCAGGUUAACACCAUUCAAAAAAUAAUACCUAGAGAGAUGGAGAAUUUUAACUUAAAAGAACUAAAAUUUAAAAAUAAAAAUAAAUAAAAUUAUAUUUAUAGAUGGACCUUUUUUCGGAGAAGCACUGUUGCAACUAAAUAUAUAUACAUAUAUAUAUGUAUACACACAUUUAAAAAAUAAUAAUAUAUACAUAUAUGUAUAUAUAUAGAAGGACCAAAAACUUUUUUUGUUGUUUUUGGGAAGUAAUCUGCUACUAGAUACUAGGAAGCACCAAUGAUUUCUAACCAUGUGACCUGUUUUAUUUUAUUCCAUUGGUCGGACAUCUGUUUGUUUGGUUUUUUUCCUGUUUUUCUUCAUUUUCAUCCUGGUCGUCCUUGGCAUCCCAGAAUGCUUUCUCGCUUGUGUGACUCCGUCAUGGAAGUUCCUCAUGGACUACAUUGGUGUAUAUUUUCUUUGAUUUUAUUUAUGGGGGGGUUGUUUGUUUUUUGGAGUGCUGGGAGGUCUCUGCUCCCUCUCCCGCCCUCUCCGUCCCUCCCUUGACUGUCCCCAGAGUCCCCAUCCCACUGAAGACAUGGCCCCAUUCCCUGUCCUGCAUUCCCUGGUCUGACUUGUGCCUGUUUGGAUGUGCUCCCUGUGCUCCCGCUCCGCUGCGCAGUAUUUCUCUGGCUUUAACUGUUUUGUUGUGGGCAGGUGAAACCCAGCAGAAGGGGAAGCAGCUAUUUAGGAAGUGAGAGAUGGGUUUUCCUCAGUUAAUUUUUUUGCAUAUUUUUAAGCACUGUCUUUUUCUCAAUUCAGUGUGAUUUGUUCACACUAGGAGUAAGACUGAGAAAAGAAUAUCAGGGGCUUUUCUUUCUUUCUCAUUGAGCUUUGUUUCUCUGGGGUUAUCUUUGAUUUUAUUUGCUUUUCAAGCUGAGACACAACUCUGAAAAGCCCACUCCUAUCUUUGUGUUCCGUGCAAAGAUAAAAGCUUAAAAACUGAUGGCUUCAUGCCUCCAUCACAACUGGAGGAAAAUUGGCUACGAGGCUCUGACAAAUGGCCAGUUUUCCAUCUUCAGGAACUAAGGUCCCAUCCUUGACCACACUCAGCCUGCACAGUCCUGGUUAAUGAACCACUAAUUGCCAUUUGCAGGAGCAGUGGUCCCAAAAGUGGGGACUUACUGCACUCACUGCCUGCUCCACUCCGGGCAUCCCAGAUCCCUGGCUCCCAACACCCAUGAGCUGCCGGUAGUGACCCGUUAGUGGAAGGAUCCCUAGAGGGGUUCACCUACUGGGUAAAGCCCCCGAGCUGCAGAGGAGCUGAGAGCUGCCUUUCAGGACAGAUCUGGAUGUGCCCUGAGAGGUGUAGCCAUGGUUGUGUGUCCCGAUCCAGAGCAGUGCUCAGCUCACCCCCCAGGCCAUCUGUGGCUCGCAGAGGUGUAUCAGUGUCCGCGGGCUCUGGAGUCAUUCAGCUAAACUCCAGGUCUCUUUCUCUCUCUUUUUCUCCCUCUGGAGAUUCACAGCUCUGUUUUUAGACACGUCCUACAAUUUCAACCUUAAGUACAUUUGUUUGCAAGUGCAAAAGCUUAUGUUAAGCUUGUAAAACAAACCAUUGUGGACGAGGAUGAUUUUUUUUUUCCUAGGGCAAAUGAGACUGUUUAACCAGAUUUAGAAGAUGAAUUUAAAACCUUUUCAGAGCCAUUCUGCAAACUCCUUUGAAAAUGUGGGAUAAAGUGAUUGAUCACGGUAUUUGUCAUUUUCCUUUGAAUCUGAUACACCACAUAAGCACCCCGGGCCAGCGAGUGUGGAGAUACAUUUUUUUUUUUUUUUGCCUCUAAGAAAUACAAUGGGAAGAGCAGAGAGCGUGAUUUCAUUAUUUCCAUGGAGCCUGUUUUAUUUCAGGGCAUAUUGCAAGGGUGGCAUUAUUUUUAUCUAAGUCAAAAAAUAAUCUCUCGUAUACUUUUGACUAAUCUAGAAACUAUCAAUAACCAGCAAAGCCAGAUUAGUGUUUUAGAGUGGAAAAGUGGCCCCUCUGUGACAGGCAGCAGCCAAACACCAGGAAUCCCAAAUAGGAAGCAACCCAAUUUUAUAUCAGAAAUUAUUUUUAUGCUCUUUUGUAUCUUUGCAUUUUUAUGGUCAGAUUUUAAUACGGGAUACGUAGCAAAUAUUAUUUUGUUUCUUUAACAGAAUGGGUAUUUAACGAAGUGAAUGAGAUGGGUUCUCAGCAGUUAACUGGAAUGUUUUACUCUUUCUGAAUGGCUGGAGAGAUGCAGAGAGAGAGAGAGAGAGAAAGAGAGAGAGAGAGAUUCCAAAAUGUUGUCAACAUGAUGAAAAUUUCACUUAUUCCUUUGCCUUUUUAAUUGCUUAGGGGAAAAAAAAAGUAACAAACACAUUAGUUAAGCCUGUUCAUUUACUGUUUUGUGCCUCAGAGAGUGAGAAUGAGACAUCCAUAAUUUUUAUGAGAAGAUGCUUCCUAAAUAUUCAGCACUAGGAAAAAAGAAACACCACCGCCACACCAUUAUUUGCAUCAUAAGUCAAGACUCGCUUGAUCUGACAAGGCCACUUGUUGGACUCGCAGCUUCUUUCUUAAGUGGGAAGCCCACCCGAGCCAGCACUGCCCGAGCAGAGCAGCUGCAGGCGCGUGUUCCAGAGGGAAGAGGGGCUUGGCUCUCAGGCAAUGGCAUCCGGGAAAGCUCUUCCCCUCCAUAAAUUGCCAGAGGUGCUGCAGGAGAUGGAGCAUUGGCACAAAGAAGAACCAGCACUGGGUCCCACUUUCCCACCUCCUGUGGCUUUCCCAGUAGGGAGCAGGGCUGGGCUGCCGCGCGCGGCGGGAGCGGCACGGAUACAGAUUGGGUGAUUUGACUGAGCAUCUGAUAACAGACUUUCAUUUCAAUGCCAGACAGGAGGAACCCACUUACCAUUCCAUGUGCAGAAACAAGAGAGUUGUAACAAACUUAAAUGUUUACGGUAUUUCUCUGGCUGAAUCUAUACAUAUAUAUAUAUAUAUAAAAUAAAGAUACCUUCUUCCCUAGGUAAAUGACAUGCAUUACCCCUUGACCUAGACACUAGAACAGAGGAUCUAAAUUCAAGACUUUCGCCUCCCCACCCUCUCCAAAAAGUCAAACAAGAACCAACCUAGGUGCAUCUAACAGUUGUAAAUAGAAAAUAAUACAUAGAGAAAUAUAUUUGAAAUUUGUUUCAGUUUCUGGAUGGGCACCAGCCAUCCAUUGCAAUGUUAUUGAUAGUACACUGUGGUGCUUUGGGUUUCUGGUUUUGUUCUCUUUAUGCUCUGUCAUCUUUUCAUUGCAGCUACAUUUCAGGGAACAUGUAUAUUUAGUAGCUAUUGUAAGUUCUGCAUGGCAUCACCAAGCUUAUUUUUCCUUAAGAAGAAAAGAAGAGUCUGUAGGAGUUUAAAGGCACUAUGACGACAGGGACUUGUAGCAGAGAAUUAAAAAAAAAAAAAAAAAAAAGGUUUUUAAAAUUCUAGUUUGAAGCCAAAUACUGAUAUUUUAGUGCUUUUGGGGUUUUAAAAGUAA